AUGGAAUAUGCACAUUAUAGUAGGCCAGACUCAAAACGACCCGUGGAUGAAGAUCAUCCAGUGGGCGCAAUAUUAAGUUCGAAGAAGGCAAACGAAGCCCUAACAAGAAAUAGAGAAUUAACAACUGUACUAGUCAAAAAUUUACCCAAGAGCUACAACCAAAAUAAGGUCUAUAAAUACUUUAAAGAUUGCGGCUCUAUUACACACGUUGAUGUGGCAGAUUCGCUUAUGAAGAGCUUUCGUUUCGCGCGUAUUGAAUUUGCCAGGUAUGAUGGAGCCCUCGCUGCAAUAACUAAAACACACAAAACUAUAGGUCAUAAUGAGAUUUUAGUAUCCCAUUUAGCAGAUUGUACGUUGUGGAUUACUAACUUCCCUCCAAAUUACACUCAGAGAGAUAUCAAAGAUCUAUUCAAAGAUAUUAAUAUCGUUGUUUUAAGUAUACGGCUUCCCAGUUUACGAUACAAUAAAAACAGAAGGUUUGCUUAUAUUGAUGUUACUUCUAAAGAAGAUGCCUAUAACAGUGUAGAAAAAUUGAAUGAACUUGAGAUAGAGGGUUAUAAGUUAGUUAUCAAGGUCUCUAAUCCGUUAGAAAAGUCGAAACGAACUGAUUCAGCUACACUUGAGGGGCGGGAGAUUCUUGUACGAAACCUGAAUACGGAGCUACUUGAUGAAAAUAUCCUAAGCGAUUCAUUUAAGCAAUUUGGAUGCAUUGAAAAAAUCAAUAUACCUGCUGGACAGAAAGAGCAAAGUUUCAAUAAUUGUUGCGCAUUUAUAAUUUUCGAAGAAAAAGAUUCAGCUGAAAAGGCUCUUCAAAUGAAUAAAACUCUGCUGCACGAUAGGGAAAUUUCUGUCUCCUUGGCAGAUAAAAAACCAUUUUUAGAAAGAAAUGAAGUCAAAAGGCUUCUUUCAUCGCGUAACAGUAAAGAACUAGAAACAUUGGUAUGCUUGUUCCCACUUUCAGAUAAGGUUUCGCCAAGCCUAAUUAGACAAUUUCUUCAGGAAGAAAAAAGCGUCAAUACAAAUGAAAUAAAGAAAGUACUUCUCGUAAGUGACUUUAACGGUGCCAUUAUUCUAUUCAGAAAUGGGAGAUUGGCGGCAAAAAUGCUAAUGAUACUAAACAGAUCUCAAUUUCAAGGAAAAACAAUACGAUCAGGUACUAUCACUGACAUGAAAAGGUAUCACAACAAUGAGCGGAACCACAAUAUGAAGGGCUCCAAAUCCAGCCACAUAAACUUAAUACAAAACAGACCAACUUCCCAAAAGAAGGAAAAUACUCCCAACAAACAAGAACAGAUGUCAAAUGAUGACUUCCGCAAGAUGUUUUUAGGGGAAAGAAAAAAACCAAGUUCUUGCUCUCAAUAG